CGUCAAGAACGUAGAUCUCGUUUUUUAGUGUGAGCGAAGUGAGUGAGUAGCCUACGACCCCCCUGCAAAUGCUCAUAUUGGGAGGUAUUGCCAUGUUUUGUUGUGCCACCUCUCUUUGGAUAUGACGAUGAAAAAAAUAAGUAUUAAGAGUAUUAAGAUUUCAUCACAGAGUCGUCGCAACGAUCAAGGAUCUCAAGGUGAACGUGAGGGUGAAUAUCACCACCACCAACAUCAACAACUUCAUCACAAUCCUCGUCCCCAAUCGUUACAAUACCAACAUAGCCCUCAGACUCAAACUAUUUUAGAUUGUCCUGUCGGUUUACAGACACUUGACAUAUCAGAGCGACCUUGCUCCAAUUCUCAGAGUUCAGAGCCAGUAACAGCUCCCUUAUACCAUAACAAUGUUGCUGGCAGCAUUGUGAUCAAUGAAGAACCACAUCAAAGAAAGCGAGAAAGAAUGGGCCUCUUUCGAAACUUGCGGCGUAAGUUCUCCUCUCUUCGAAAGUCGGAGGGUGCUGAAUGCAAUGGACACAUUGAACAGCAUCCUUCUCCGAAUAUAACUCCCAACUUAUCAAACACUAGAUUAAAAGAACGAAGCAAACCUCGAUUCAGUUCAAGAUCUAGCUCAGCUUCUCAAAGUUGUGACAGUCUAAACUCGCCCCUGAAACCAUACAUGUCUCCAAAAUUCAAUGAAUGGCAUUCCAACACUGAUCGCCGUGACAUUGAAGGAGUAAAAGAUAAACCUGGAUGUUUGUCCAAAGACAUAUCCCAUUUUAGUCCUGCUAGUUCGCAACGGGAAGAAGGUGUUCUUGAAAAAGUGUGUAGUGCUGAUGUGACUGUUCAUCCAAAUAAGGAUCAGGACAAAAAUGCCCGAAGCGAUCCUUGUUGUGAACUUGCAGACUGUGUGGAAUAUGAUCCAGUGAAAGAGCAAACUAAAAUUUGGAGCCCUAAAGUGUGGAGUUUAACGCAAGAACUGUUCCGCCUCUCUAAAUUUGGUUGGUACUGGGGUCCAAUAACUCGCAACGAAGCUGAGGACAAAUUGACUAAUCAGCCAGAUGGAGCUUUUCUCGUCAGGGAUAGUUCUGAUGAACGAUACCUCCUCAGUUUGUCUUUUCGUUCUUACGGUCGCACCCUUCAUACUCGGAUAGAACACUGUAAUGGAGUGUUCAGUUUCUAUGCACAGCCAGACAGCGAAGGUUAUCCUUCAAUUGUGGAUUUGAUUGAACAUUCAAUGAAUGAGUCCCAGACUGGAAUAUUUUAUUACUCAAGAUCGCGUUCCCCCGGUGCCCCACAGUUUCCAGUGUGGCUAACAAAACCAGUGUCUCGGUUCACACAGGUCAGAUCAUUGCAGUACCUGUGUCGCUUUGUUAUCCGUCAGUAUACAAGAUAUGACCACAUCCAACAGCUGCCAUUGCCCACCACUUUGAAAGGCUGGAUUGAAGAAAAUCAGUACUAACUCUAUUCUCUUGCAAUGUCAGAUUGUGUUCAGUAACCAUGUUUUGUUCUGUUAUGCCAUAUUUUUUGAGUGCUUUACAAAAAAAUUGCAGCAAAAUGAAUGUAAUAUAUAUAACUGUCCGUUAUUUUUCAUCAUGUACUGAUUGUUGCCUAUUUCAGGUGAAUAUAAAUUUCUCCAUUGUGCAAGAAGGGGGCAUAAGCAAGGAAUAAGGAAGAUAUGGUAACAGUUUGUUGGGAUUUUUUUUUUUCAAAUUGUCUUAUUUUAUAUUGAUCCCCCUGCUGUGAUCUUUUUGAAAUUUCCUGUGUUUGAGGCUGCUACUGUGUAUUUAGAAGAUGGCUAGUUUCUCAGGUGUUGUUUUUUUUUUACUCACACUCUAUGCCCUGAGUGCUUUUAGGUAAAGCCCAGACCCUUAUAAAUGCCUUUCCUUAUUUUUUUUCGAAGUGACUAUUUCUCCGAACGUUCAGGAAAAUAAAGUUGAACUCUCUUUCUCCGAACGGUUUCCGAUCUCGAGAUUUUUGGGUUAUUUGCGAGAUUUAGGCGUCAUCCUUUGGUUCUGCCAAUCUGCGAGGACUGACUGGGAAAGAUGCAUUUUUUACAUCAAAUUCUAUUUCUGGAGCUAGAGAUUUUUAAAUGUCUGAAUAUUCAGAUACUUCAGUUGUG